CUCCACGUGGCAGCGGCGGGCAGCGCACGACCACGACCUCCCGUGGCGGUGGCAGCCAACGCGUACCACGUCCCCGACUACCAAGGGCACCGAGGGCAGCGCCGACUCAGACACCUGCCUCUGGCGCACCCUUCGACAUCGAUGAAGAAAUGGAGCAUGAUGUGGAGGAGUUAGGGAGCUCCGGCGUUCCCUCGGUGAAGAACCAAAUAGGCAUCCUGAAGAACACCCACUCAUUCUGGCGGUACUUGCAAACGCACACAGGGUUGGGGAGGAAACCAGAUGGAACAAUUGAUGCUGAGUCUGAUUUCUGGACAACACACACAGAGAAAAAACCAUACCUAAAGAGGUUGCAGUGGGGUCCUCCAGGAAACGAGGACUUGCUUGAUGAAUUAUUCAGAGGGUUCACUGUCGAUGGAAGCACAGCCUUUGCGCCUGGAGAUGAUUAUGGUCAGAAUCAGGAGGAAGAUGCAGGGGCAGAAGAGGAAGAGGAGUUUCAAACAACACCUACAAGUAGAAGCAGCCAGAGAAACCAGAGGGGAAAGAGGUCAUUAAGCACUUCAAGCACUUUGACCAGUCCAGUGAAGAAGAGCAAGAGCCCAAUGGUGAAGUUUGUGAAGGACAUAGCUAGUACCUUCAAAGACUCUGUCACAGUCAACACUACUCAAAUUCAGAAACGUGCAAAUGAAAAGGCAGCAUAUUCUGUCGAGAGGUGUCAGGAGCUAGCAUUUGAGUGUGGCGUUCAACAAACCGUUGAUUCUGUAUAUGCUAUGUCCAAGUUGUUUGAAUCAGAGUACCAAAGGCAGUUCUUCUGUGGCAAAUUAAGUCCUCAGCUUAGGUUGGGUUACUUCAAGAAAUGGUGCAGGGACAACAAUAUGAGCUUAGGAGAUGUUGAGUAGUUCUUUAAGAAAUGUGUGUGUGAAGCUGUGGGGUUACUAUUAUGUGUGUGAGAGGUCUUCAACUAUUAUGUGCUGAACCUAUUAUGUGUGUGAGAGGUCUUGAACUAUUGUGUGUGUGAGGUCUUAAAUUAUUAUGUGCUGAACCUAUUGUGUGUGUGUGAAGUCUUAAAUUAUUAUGUGCUGAACAUAUUAUUAUGUGUGGCAAAUUAAGUCCAUUUGCUUGCACUGCUUCAA